CAGGGUGGGACAAUCUUUACACGUGUGCUUACAUCCACCAGUGCUAGUGUGCCCCUUUAUUUGAGGGUCAGCUUGAGAGAAAUUGAAAUAUAAAAGGUCCCGGUUAUCUUCAUUCAGGACAAUAAAACAAAUCGACACAAUGAGUAAGACAUUCGAAUACGUGAUCUGUGGAGGUGGCACGGUGGGAUGCGUUCUCGCCAGUCGCCUCUCCCUGGCUGGGCACAGCGUACUGCUAAUUGAGGCUGGUCCGGAGGACUACAACGACCGGAUCAUGAGUCCUGUCGCUGCCCCGCAUCUUCAUGGCACUGAAUGGGAACACAACUUAAUGACGACCAAGCAGCCAGGACUAGGCAACCGCUCUGUUCCCAACUACGCGGGCAAACUGCUGUCGGGCUCGAGUGGUAUCAACUACGGUCUGUGGACUCGAGGUCACUCAGUCGACUAUGACUCGUGGGCGAAGGCAGUGGGAGAUGAGCGGUGGAACUAUGCGAACAUGUUGAAGUAUUUUCAAAAGACAGAGACUCAGAUCUCUACCACCGCGGCGGCUCGUAUCUACCCGCUGCGGGAGCCGAUUCGCAAUGCAAUGGUGGCUGCGGGUCUGGACUACAAUCCCGAUCCCAAUGGCGGCAAUCCCCUGGGAUUUGGUCCAUUCACCGAGAACUGGAAGAAUGCUCUCCGACAACCUGCCAGCAAGGCAUACGAUCUGUCGAAAGCGACAGUGCUGACCAACUCCGUCAUUGCACGGGUGGAUUUCGACGACCCCAAGACAACAGCUACAGGUGUUACGCUGACCGAUGGGACCCAAUACACGGCCACGAGCGAAGUACUGGUUACAUGCGGUGCUCUCAAAACCCCUCAGUUGCUGAUGUUAUCCGGCAUUGGACCCCAGCAGCACCUCGCGCAGCACAAUAUCCCCAUCAUCGCCGAUCUACCGGUCGGAGAAAACUACCACGAUAAAAUCUCGGCCACCUUCUUCUGGAAACUCCGACACCCGGAGAAAGGAUACGCACUCGGCUCCCCACGCUUCAACAAGCCCGAGUUCCGGCACGGCAAUCCUAUCGAAUGGGUGGCAACCGUCCCCACCCCGCACGCAGAGCUCAUCAAGGCCACCCAACAGGAUCAAAUCGACUCGGACGACCCAUACCUCCAGAAACCCCGCGGCAACGUGGAAGUGAUGGUCGCUUACGCACCCAUCGCCGGGGGUGGUUCGGAAUUUCGUCUCCCAAUGGAUGGAACCCACAUCAGCAGCCCCGUGGUUCUUCUUCUCCCUACUAGUCGAGGCAGGAUCACGCUCGCGAGUGCCGAUCCCACUGCGGAUCCAGUACUGGACCCGGGAUAUCUCGACACGGAGACAGAUCGUGCCGCGAUCCGCGCGGGUAUGCGAGUCGCCCUGCGCCUCAUGGAAACAGAGUCCGCAAAGGAGGUGAUCGAUGGCGAGACCCCGCCGCCGGGCCAUGAGCCCCUUACUAGUGCAUGUAGUGAUGCGGACCUUGACCGACGGGUGCAGAUUGUGGGGAGUAGCUUUUUCCAGAAUGGAGGUACGGCGGCGAUGGGGACGGUGGUGGAUACUCAAUGUAGGGUGAAGGGGGUCCGGAACCUCCGGGUCUGCGAUGCUAGUGUGCUUUCUGUGCCCCUGGCAGGGCAUUAUCAGGCUCCGAUGUACGCUCUGGGAGAAGCCGUGGCUGAUAUGCUGCUUGCUCAGUAGGUUCCCGAGGGCUUGAGGCUCAUAGUAGUGGACGUAUGUAUCUGCAGCGCUAUAGAUUAGAGAGGCCAAGAAUGAUCUAGCUUGCUCCGG